GCGUGUUCAAGGUUGUAGACGCCGGUAACUGAAGUAGACGUCAAACCAACCUCGUGUGCAAGGGUACACAAUAAAGACAGCGCACGACUGGCCGUUUAUAAGAGUGGGCUAGCAAGCAGCCAAGAUGGACCAGGCAAGGACGACCAUAUCCAAAAUAUUCAACGGCGAGCCCCGCUCGUACACACGCUUCAACCUCACCCAGAACAUGGAGGGCGAGAGCAGCCAGGUGGAGAUGAAGCUCUCGUCCGACAUGGAUGAGGAGGAGGGGAAUGGUGUGGGCGACCACCUCAACCACAACGGGGGCAGCCGGGACCACUACGUGGUCCGCAAGACCUCGCGCACCCCCAAGAACCUCUGCUUCCUCCUCACCACCACGCUCAUCAUCUUCAUCAUCGGCUACCUGAUUGGAUACCUGGUGCACAGGAAGAAAGAAGUGGCCGACGACUGCCCUGCCUUUCUGCCCAGCGACCAGACGGUGUCAGAAGAUGAGAAGGUGCAUGUGUUUGAGACGGGCGCGGCUCCCCUCAUGGACUGGGAUGUGGUGAAGAGCCUGCUGGCCCAGAAACUCAGUACGGAGAACAUGGAGAACACGUUUGGUGAGUUUGCCAGUAGCAGUCACCAGGCUGGUUCCCCGGGCGACGAGGCGCUAGGUAACCGUGUGUUGCAGCAAUUCCGUUCCGCUGGCCUGGUGACUUGGACGGACGAGCACUUUGUGACCCUGCAGCAGCUUCCAGAAGGAUCCACCAACAGGCUGGCCUUUAAGGGGAAGGAGCUGGGCACCCCCACCGGCUUCCUGGCCUACAGCCGCCCGGGGAACCUCACGGGGGCGCUGGUGUUUGCGUCGUACGGUCAAGUGAUGGACCUGAAGCUACUGCAGGACAAGGGCUUCAGCUUGGAGGGCAAGAUCCUUCUGGUCAAAACAGGGAAGAUCAGCUUUGCUGAGAAGGUAGCCAAUGCCGCCCAGUUCAAGGCUUCUGCUGUUCUCCUGUUUCCAGACUCAACUCAGAACAUCGGAUACGACACACAGCUCUAUGGCCAUGUCCAUCUGGGGUCAGGUGACCCCUACACCCCAGGCUUCCCCUCCUUCAACCACACCCAGUUCCCCCCGGUCCAGUCCUCCGGGCUGCCUAGGAUCCUGGCCCAGACCAUCACCUCCUCCAUGGCUGCUCAGAUCCUCAGGGACCUGGGGGGUGUCGCCGUGCCCACGGAGUGGGGGGGGCUGCACAGUCUGGGGAGCAGCGAUGACAUUGUCACCCUGGAGGUGAACAACGUGCUGGUCCAGAAGAGGAUCAACAACGUGUUCGGUCUCAUCAAGGGCUUCGUAGACCCGGAUCGGUACGUGGUGCUGGGGGCCCAGAGGGACGCAUGGGGUCCUGGGUUUGCCCAGUCCACCGUGGGCACCAGCGUUCUGACGGAGCUGGCUCGAUCCAUCUCCGCCAUGAUGGCUGAGGAUGGGUUGAAGCCCAGGAGAAGCAUUGUGUUUGCUAGCUGGAGCGCUGGUGAAUACGGUAGCGUUGGCGCCACAGAGUGGCUGGAGGGUUACCUGACGUCUCUUAGCAUGAAGGCGUUCUCUUACAUCAGCCUGGAUGGAGUUGUGACUGGUGGGGGUGGCUUCAAGGCCUCUGCCAGUCCUCUGAUGUACAAGCUGCUCCAGAGCACCCUGAAGGAGGUGACGAUGGGAAGCAGCAACACCAUCUACUCCAAGGUGGCCAAGAGCAACUGGGAGGUGUCUGUGCUGGAGCCCAUGAGGAUGGAUGAUGGGGCCUAUCCCUUCCUCACCACCUCUGGAAUCCCGUCCAUCUCAUUCCGCUUCACCGCCAACUCUGAGGCCUACCCCUUCUUCGGCACCCUGCUGGACACGCGUGAGAAGCUGUCCUCUGAGACGUCUGGUCAGGCUGCCCGGCUGGCCGUGUCGGCGGGGCAGGUGGCAGGACUGAUGACCCUGCGGCUGGUGCACGACCACCUGCUGCGUCUGGACGUGGACCAGUACCUGACUGUGUUAAGCGUGCACGUGAACAACAUCAACCGCCGCUUCUACAACGUGCAGAAGAUGGACCCCUCCCCCCUGCCUAAGGACAUGAGCAUCCAGUGGCUGAUGUCGGCACGGGGCUCGUUUGCGCGAGCGUCUCGCGGCCUGGCUAACGACAUCCAGAACAGCGACCUGAACGACGUGGGCGUUUGCCGCAGCAUCAACGACCGCAUCAUGCAGGUGGAGAGAGACUUCCUGUCCCCCUACGUGUCUCCCAGGGAGACCCCGUUCCGUCACAUCCUGGUAGGCUCCGCCCCCCACACUCUUCAGGCCCUCUGGGCCCACCUGGACUCUCUCAAGUCCCGCCUCCCCGAAGCCGACUCCGACGACUUCAGGGUGAAGUUCGCCCUAGCCACCUGGACCAUUCAGGGCUGUGCCAACGGCAUGGCCGGAAACGUGUGGUCCAUCGACAACGAGAUCUAGAUCAAAAUGCCGGGAAGGACGGUGUGGGUUUGGUCAAAGGUGAAGCCGUCCUGCUCCCCUAGCGUUUAGGGAGUUACGUUUUUAGUUUAGGUUUUAUCUACAAAGGAGGAAAUACUAAAUGAAAAUAUUUCUAAUUCGCCCUUUUGGAAGGGUUAGGUGCUGAUGUAUAACUACUUUUCUGAGAUUCGACUGCCUUAAAUAUUCCAAGGUCAUUGGUUUUUUACAAAAAAAAUUUUUUAUCUUACCUUAUACGUUGGUGCUAACGACUACAAACUACAUCAAUGGCCGACGGCUUGUCACAAUACCACUGAGCCUUGUGUUUUCGGGCAUUUUGACUGUAGUCCAAUAGAUGAUGCAGGUCAGAACAAUAUUCCCAGGGUGAGCUUAAACUCACUCCUCCGUCCAGUAAAAGAGUCGACUUUGGUUCGUUAAUCGUGAAAUGUUGUUUACCAAGAACAAAAUCAUAGUCACAAAAUUCAGAAAAACCUGUUAUUUCUACACUUUGUGACUACGAAAUGUUAUGUUGUCUGGCAAAGACGAGGCCAAACGAGGAACAGUAAUCAGAAAGUCACCC